AUGGACACAUUACUAACUGCUGACAUUAUCGCCAAUUCCCCGCGUUUCCGACGGAAGUCUUCUACCUUCGUCGAUGCGAUCCAUGACUUACCCGAGAAGGCCGAUCUGGCUCCGGCCCAGCUCUACAGUACCGAGUCAGGACGGCUUUUCCACUCCGGCCGAAUCGUCAUCAUCACCGUGGGGUUACCGGCGAGGGGUAAAACGUUAGGCGUGAAAACCAGAAUAUUUCAUCUAGGAGAUUAUAGACGUGCAACCAUUCCCUUUGGCCAGGAUAUUCCAGAUGACUACUUCUUCGUGAACGCAUCCGCUUCAUCGGUCCUCUUAAGACAAAAGAUUGUGAAACGGUGUCGGGAAGAUAUUUAUCAGUUUCUGAACCAUGAAAAUGGACAGAUAGCCAUUUACGACGCCGUCAAUCCAUUGGCAUCCGGUCGGCGAUCACUCGCAAAAGAAUUCGCUAAGCAUGACAUUGAGACACUAUUCAUCGAGUCGUGGUGUGACGACGAGCGCAUAAUCGAAGAAAACGUCCGAAGGGUCAAAAUAUCCUCACCCGAUUAUGUGGGCUGGAGCUCGGAAGAUGCUGUGAAACAUUACCUGACUCGGAUAGCCGCUCGUAUUCCUCAAUUUCAGUCAAUGGAGGAGACGGAUCUGAACUAUAUCAAGAUGAUGAAUGCUGGGGAAAGGUUAAUUGUGAACAAUCGAAGCUUCGGCUAUCUUUCCAACAGAAUAGUGUUCUAUCUCCUCAAUCUUCACAUCAAAUCCAGACACACGUACUUUGCACGAGCUGGCGUAUCACUGGAAGCGGAUUCUUACAAAGCAGAUGCCUCGCUGUCUGAGCAGGGCGAAGACUACGCGAAGAAGAUGACGGAGUCCUUGCUGAGGCAUAGGGAGUCUGAAAGGCAAGCAAUGAUCGACGAGGGAGAACCGAGUUACGAGUUAAAACCACUUACUGUCUGGACCUCCACACGAAGAAGGACGGUUGAGACGGCUAAGUAUCUCCAUGAAAAAGGAUACAAAGUGCGACAGAGAUCUCAGAUGAGCCAAUUAAACCCGGGAGUUUGCGAGAAGAUGUCAGAGGCGAAGAUCCGUCAGGAGUAUCCGGAAGAGGUUGCAAAACACGAACUUGACCCCUACCAUCAUCGGUAUCCGCGGGCGGAGUCAUACCAUGACCUUGCAGUUCGACUCGAACCUAUCAUUCUAGAGCUCGAGCGUGAACAAAACGAUUUGCUGAUUAUUGCACAUGAAAGCGUGCUGAGAGUCUUAUACGGGUACCUGAUGGCCUGCAAUGCUGCGGAUAUCCCAUUCUUGGAUUUCCCUCGCGAUGAGAUUAUUGAAAUCAUACCCGAAAGCUAUCAAAACGAAGCACGCAGGAUCCAUAUCUCUGGCCUUCCCAGAGAAAUCGUCCCCGGUUCUCCUCAGGACAUCAAGAUCCCUGUGCCCCCCAGCGGAGUAACAACCCCUUUGGCUGCUGAUCUUGGCAGCCCGCGCGAGGGUCUCUCGACUCCACAGAGCGGUCUCCGAACCCCGCGCGAACCGGAAAGAAUCUCACAGCAGCAUGUUGUUAGUCUUAUCGAUAAGCUUCCCCCCUCCCUCUCCAGCACAAAAAGUCAGUCGAUUUGCGACAGACCGCCUGCCUGCCUGCCCCCCCGCUUCUCUUACCUCUCAAUGGUCUCUGUCACCACUGAGUACAUUAGCGUUGGGGGCAAUAGGCAUCCCGCCGCCGCCGAUUGGGACGUCCGGACUGGCGUGCUUGCCUUCGGUGCCGAUAACAAUGUAGCACUGUGGAACCCCAAUGAUAGUACGCAGCGCGGAGUCUAUUCACUCCUUGUCGGCCACACCGACAAGGUCAGCGCCGUUCGAUUCUACACCUGCCCUACUACAGACGCUAAAUACCUUUUGACCGGGUCAGUCGACCAUACAAUCCGCCUAUGGCGAGCGCACUCAGCCGACUCGCGUCAAUUCGUGCACGUGAAUACCCUGGAAGGCCAUACUGGUUCAAUCAAUACCAUCGCCGUGGCUGACGGGCACGACAUCGUGGCAACGGGAGCCGCUGAUGGAACCGUCAAAGUAUGGAAGAUUCAUGCUCAAGGCGAAGCGAAGGGCGAGCUGCUCAAGUCAAUAUCCAUGAAGCCACGGUUCUUUCCACUGGCCUUGGCAUUGAGCCCUCUUCAAUCGGAGUCGGAUACCAGACCCGUCGCCUUAGCGGUUGCAGGCACCACCAAUGCCGUGCAAAUUUACGUGGCGGAGAAUACCCUUACAGCUCUUGAAUUCAAGCUCUCGGCUGUGCUGUCUGGACAUGAGGCUUGGGUACGGUCCUUGAAUUUCACGUUAGAUAAGCAGAGCGCAGCCGGUGACAUUCUGCUGGCCUCGGCGAGUCAAGACAAAUAUGUCCGACUUUGGAGACUGCAGCGUGGGGAGGCUACUUCUACUGCUCCGGCCGAUUACGGUGACCCCAUGAUAGGUGGCGUUGAGACAACUCUUUCGAACAAAGCCCACCAAUUCGAGGUAACCGGGCUGAAAUUCUCUGUCACCUUUGAAGCGCUACUUUUCGGAAAUGAGGACUGGAUCUACACCGCCAACUGGAAUCCCUAUCCAGAGCGCCAGCAGCUCCUCACUUCCUCGGCUGAUAAUACAUUAACCAUUUGGGAGCAAGAUCCUGCUUCCGGGGUGUGGCUCUCCGCCGAGAGGAUGGGAGAGAUUAGCGUCCAGAAAGGCUCAACAACCGCUACUGGCAGUACGGGUGGGUUUUGGAUUGGCCUCUGGUCUCCGGAUGGCACACAGGUUGUCAGCCUCGGUCGUACCGGUAGUUGGCGAGCAUGGAAAUAUGAUGCAGCAUCUGACUUGUGGGUGCAAUCUCUUGGGAUUUCUGGACAUGUACGGUCGGUCAAUGGCGUGCAAUGGGAGCCUUCUGGCGGAUACCUCCUGUCGACUAGCGCCGACCAAACCACGCGCCUUCAUGCCAAAUGGGAGCGCGAAGGACUUCAGUCUUGGCAUGAGUUCUCCCGUCCUCAAAUACAUGGGUACGACCUGAACUGUAUCGAUACUCUAGGACCGGCUAGAUUUGUGUCUGGCGCAGACGAGAAGCUUUUGCGGGUUUUCAAUGAGCCUCGACCAAUUGCGCAACUACUGGAGAGGCUCUCCGGUUUCAAGCAAUCCGAGGAGGUUCAACUGCCUGACGCAGCCGAGAUCCCUGUGCUGGGUUUGUCAAACCAAGCUCCGGCUGACGAUGCCCCCGGAGGAGAGGAGGAAACAGAUAACGCAUAUAUGGAAAAGACACAGGCUAUCUCAACGGCACUUCUAGAGUCGAAUCAACCACCAUUUGAGGAUCAACUGGCUCGUCACACCCUAUGGCCCGAGCAUGAGAAGUUAUAUGGCCACGGCUAUGAAAUCUCUGCCGUAGCCGUUAGCCACGACCGCACGCUUAUCGCCACAGCCUGCAAAGCGAGCUCGAUUGACCAUGCGGUGGUUCGUUUAUAUGACACUUCCGACUGGCAUGAGAUCCGGCCCUCCCUUGCCACUCAUACAUUGACCAUCACAAGUCUCUGUUUCUCUAGUGAUGACCAGCAUCUUCUCAGCGUUGGUCGUGACAGACAAUGGGCUGUGUACAAGCGCAGCGAGCAAGACCUCUCAACCUUCUCAAUACUGACGAACAAUCCCAAGGGUCAUUCGCGUAUGAUUCUCGACGCCGCAUGGGCUCCGAUAUCACAGACUCCUAUCUUCGCGACUGCUGGCCGCGACAAGUCAGUGAAGGUCUGGCAAAUGCAUGACGGUGCAUGCGAAUGCAAGGCGACAAUCCCCUUGAAUACCCCCGUAACUGCCAUCUCAUUCCUUUCGAGUAUACAGAAGAAUUCGUUCAUUCUCGCCGCGGGCGAAGAGAGCGGGGAGCUGUCUAUCCACCGUAUUGCCAUCGGCAGUCUGCAAAUUAGCCACCUGGCAAGCGUUGACAAGCUCAAAUCGCCGUCCAAGGCCAUUACCCAACUUUCCUGGCGGCCGGGCCAGAAGGAAGCGGCGCCACAUUUCGUGCUUGCCGUGGCCAGUGAAGAUACCUCGCUGCGCAUAUAUGAUUUCUCGGAUUUGGUUUCAUGA